AUGUCUGGAACAGGUACUACCAAAGUUGAGAAACGCAAUCGACCUCCCAAGUCUUGCGAGCCCUGUCGAACGCGAAAGUUGAAAUGCAACAGAAACUUACCCUGUGACUCGUGUAUCCGAAGAAAUAAGCAGUCGAUAUGUCACUAUGCCUCCAAUGCCGACAGGAAUGAGCGACGCGUGGAGAAAGGCACUUCAAUUACUGAACGGCUCAAGCAUUUGGAAGGGUUACUGACCAUCGUGGCUCAACAACGAGAUCCCAUGGCGUCGCUCAGUAUCUCUGAUGAGGGGCCGAGGGGUGCAGAUGGUGGUGCUUCUCUCUUUACCCCCGGCUCUAUCGAGUCUAGAGGCGGUAGCGAAGCCAAACAUAACAGCAACGCCGUACCCCAAGGACCAGCAGGCCAUCUCGACUCGAGCCAUUGGUCUUCUAUCCUGGAAAACAUCAAGGCUAUUCGAGAGGAACUUCCUAGUGAGAGCCCUCAAGAGAAAGAGCAGACCUCACCCAGCAAUUCAUCUGGUGUCAGUCCCGAACAACUUGGGAGGAUGAGUCCAGACUUGGAUUUUGGCUCUACCAAAGGAACAACUGAUGACAGUAUUCUGGCGGCCUUGCCUCCAAGACAGGUCUGUGAUACCCUGGUAUCUAUGUUCUUCAGAUGGCACUAUACCAUGAUGCCGAUCUUGCAUCCUGUCAAGUUUCAACGCGAGUACGAAAGGUUCUGGAAUUCACCGAGACACACUUCCAACACAUGGACUGCUCUGCUCUUCGCGCUCCUAAGUUUAUCAACAGGCGUAUACGAAGCCUCGGGCAUGGUCCUCAACUCGCCUGUCCCACUUCCAUCUAGCAAAGAUUUAUCCAUCAAGACCCAGCAACGUCUUCUUCUCGGCAAUUAUGUCUCAUCCAACGAACAUGCCGUUGAAGCCAUGCUCUUGCACCUCGUCGGCUGCUGGCUUCGAUCAAAAGCAUCUGAUACCAAUCUUUGGUUCCUCAUGGGAAGAGUGGUACAGCUUGCGAUAAGUAAAGGUUACCACCGUGACUCGUCCAAGGUACCAAACUCAACUAUCUCUGCAUUCGAUAGCGAGAUGAGACGCAGAGUUUGGGUUUGCAUAUUUCAGCUUGAUGCACUCAUGUCAUUCCAACUAGGUCUUCCUAGUAUGGUACCGUCAGACUCUUGCGAUACAGAGCUCCCCAGAAACCUGGACCAGAACCAGUUGCAUCCGGAUAUCAAAGAGCUACCGCCAUCAAGACCACUGUCUGAGAACACCACAAUUCUUUAUUCUAUUGUGAAGGCGUCGGUUAUGGCUAAAUUCAAGGAAGUUGUCAAGCAUACACGAUCUCCCACUCCGCCAUCACCCGAAACUACGGUUACUCUUGAUGUGGAGGUGCGCCAGGCUUAUGCGAAUAUCCCUGAACAUUUCAAGUACAAGCCUCUUACAAACUUCCUCACAGAAGAGGAAGUACAGAAGUAUUUGGUAAUUAUUGGAAAUACUCACAAGAUUUGGGUCGGUGCUAAGGAGAUGAGCUCGGAAGCACGUACUGUCGCUCACGCCUUGAGCUCUACAAUGGAGCGUGUGGACGAUUUUCUGAGUGCAUGGUCUCCACCAACAGAUUCCGAACCGUGGCAGACUUUAGAUGCAGAGUCAUCCGGUAGCCUGGCCAACGAUCCGCUAUAUCAGAUGAACGACCUGGACAUGAUGGACAAUAUUGAUUGGACAUUCAUCGACAAUCAGUUCCAGGACCCGAAUAUCAAUGAAAUCGACCUUGAUAUGUGGCUGAUGGACACAGUUGGGCCUGUAUAA